AUGGGCAGUCGCUUGCUCCGUCCUGAGCUGGAGACUGCGCUGUCCACGAUAAACACCCAACAUUCAUUAUCAGAGGCCGUAGGCAUGUUGAACCAUCGAGCAGGAAGCAGACCAAAUAAUCCAAGAGAUUGUAGACCAACAGACGUACCGUUCAGCAAUGCGCCAGCAGCGAAGCCAGUGAUGAUCACGGCUGCUCGCGACCGAGCACGGUUCCCACAGCCAGCGCGCGUUUGCAAACCUCAGGGCGAAAUCAGAUCCUGCGCAGACGAAAACUGGUUGAGAGGAAUAAGAAGAGGGGGCGGUGGUGGGCUUCACGAAGCGGGCAAUACGACAGAGCAGCGUUGCGGGAGGGAGGACGGCAUGAAGAGGCAGCUCAGUGGUCAAGAGGAGGGAAUUCGAAGAGAGGAAAGAGAUAGAGAAAGCAAGAAGAAUAGGAUGAAGGGAGUUGAGAUUGAUCACCACAACAGAACGGGUGGCAGCAACAGAGGGAGAGAAGAGAAAAGGACGAAGAGGGCCUCAAUUCCGGAUGAGAGCGAGAGUGACGGAGAAGGCGGAUUCUGCCGCAUCACCGCUGGGCGUGCUCACCGCCUAGAUCAGACUGCAAUGCAGAGAACGACAGAGGGCAUGUCAAUUGUAAGAUAUUAG